ACAAUAAUGGCUUUACAUUAAAGACCCGUCCUCUUAAACAUUCAUGCCUCGCAUUUGUAGCGGAAACAGUGCUGGUGAAAUGAGACAUCUUUCUCAUACAUUUCAUAACGACAGAGCAGACAAAGAUACAACGUGUCCAUACUACAGAUAACCAGCAGUAGAAAUGCCUCGCAUUGAGAAUGACAUCAAGUUGGACUUCAAGGACGUACUUCUCCGUCCGAAACGAAGCACACUCAAGUCCCGUAGUGAGGUGGACCUGAUGAGAAGUUACACCUUCAGGAACUCCAAGGGAAGCUACAGAGGAAUCCCCAUCGUUGCAGCCAACAUGGACACCGUCGGCACCUUCGAGAUGGCUCUGGCUUUGUCCAAGUUCACACUCUUCACUGCCAUUCACAAGCACUAUUCAGUAGAUGACUGGAAGGAGUUUGCAACAAAGAAUCCAGAAUGUGUACCGAGUAUGGCAGUCAGCACAGGGACAGGUGAAGGGGACUUUGACAGGCUGGGUGAGAUCACAGCCGCUGUGCCUCAGCUCCAGUACAUCUGUGUGGAUGUGGCCAAUGGCUACUCUGAGCACUUUGUCCACUUUGUUAAAGACGUGCGUCAGAAGUACCCGACACACACCAUCAUGGCGGGGAAUGUGGUUACCGGGGAGAUGGUGGAGGAGCUGAUCCUCGCUGGCGCUGACAUCAUCAAAGUGGGCAUCGGACCAGGCUCUGUGUGCACCACCCGUAAGAAAACAGGGGUGGGUUAUCCCCAGCUGAGCGCUGUGAUAGAGUGUGCCGAUGCUGCCCACGGCCUGGGCGGACACAUCAUCUCUGAUGGUGGAUGCACUUGCCCCGGUGACGUUUCCAAGGCUUUUGGUGCCGGGGCGGACUUUGUGAUGCUGGGCGGGAUGCUGGCCGGCCACUCAGAGAGCGGGGGCGAGGUCAUCGAGAAGAACGGGAAGAAGUACAAGCUGUUCUACGGCAUGAGCUCCGACACGGCCAUGAAGAGACACGCCGGGGGUGUGGCCGAGUACAGGGCAUCUGAAGGGAAGACGGUAGAGGUAGUCUACAAGGGUCCCGUGGACGAGACCAUACGGGAUGUCCUGGGCGGGGUACGCUCCACCUGCACCUACGUGGGUGCAGGGAAGCUCAAGGAGCUCAGCCGCAGGACCACCUUCAUCAGGGUCACCCAGCAGCUCAACACCGUCUUUGGGAACGAUAACUAGGCGAGGUCCAGGCUGGUUCACACACACACACACACACACACACACAUACACCAUACCGUUGAUAGUAAGAAUCAGUCAUUUGAGAAACUUAAACCUAGGAUAAAUGUUUGGUUGCCAAAACCAAAACCCUUUUAGAUAAUACUAUCAAACAAUCCCUUAUCUAAGAGUCAUAUUUAAGCAAAAGGCAUUUGGGGGUGUGGUAUAUGGCCAAUAUACCAUGACCAAGGGCUGUUCUUAUGCACGACACAACGUGGAGUGCCUGUUUACAGCCCUUAGCCGUGGUAUAUUGGCAAUAUACCAUAAACAUUUUGUCAUACCAAUCAGCAUUCAGGGCUCGAAUCCACCCAGUUCAUAAUUCAACUUUAAACAUAUUUGAUUUAUUCUAAACUGCCAUAAAUGUACAUUUCUUGGUAAUAAGUGAACUGAGGGCACUUCAGGAUGUAUUUCCAGGUUUUUCUUUUGUCAUCUUGCUCAAUCAUUCCCAUUCAGCUCUGGGGGCCGUGAGUACAGGCUUCUCUCUAUGUCCAAUAUUAUCUACCGCGUCCUAUCAUUUCACAUGAUCUUGCUCUCUCUCUCUCUCUCUUUGCCUCCCAAUCCCCCAUUUUCCUAACACUUCUAUGCACAUCCCUGUUUUUCAAGACAUCUCAUCGCCAUGCUGUUUGAAAACCAUAUGCCAUAAAUGAAUAUACAGUAUUUCACUGUAUGAAGUAUGUACUAUAUUGAGAUUGCAAGCGUUAAAAACAUCUGCUUUUAUUAUUGUAGAUAGUCAACAAAUUCUGAGUCAAGUGGACGGGCUACAUACAGUGAAGAGAUUCAGAUGUUCAUUAUAAUGACCAAUACCGCUGAUUUUAAAAUAUUUCAGAUUAUUUUAUCCUUUCUUUUCAAAAUAACUUAAAUAUAUAUAUUGCACUUAAUGAUUUGCAAUGAUUUAGUAUUCCAGUCGUUUUCCCCAUAGCAAGUUAGUUUUUCUGCUAUUCUCAUGCGGACCAAAUAUUAAAGCGAGGAGGAAAUAGAUACUGAAUGAAAAUACUGACAAACAGGUGUUUCGUGUACUGUACAGCUACAGCAGCAACUCGGUCAGUCAAAUUACACACAGCAAGUUGACGGGAAACGGUUGUAGAAUACAAAAUGUAGGGUUGCAAAAUUCCUGUAACUUUACCCAAAUUCCCAGGUUUUCCAGAAGUCCUGAGUGGAACUUGGAAGAUUCCCAGAAUAUGGCAGAAAAAGCAGGAAAUCCAGCAAACCUCCAGAGAGGAUUUAUAGAGAACUUGGGAAAUUUGGGAAAGUAACUGGAAUUUUGCAACCCUAAUUCAAAGUAUUGUAGCGACCUUAACACAACACCUAGCGACCUAGUCAAGAGGUUCGGACUUCUUAGCUUAAUGGUUAAGGUGUUGGCUUGACAGUCGCUGGACACGGUUCGAGUCCUUGUCGGGGCUCUCUCCUGAAUUCGCGACAGUAUGUUUUGACCGUAAGGAAGGCAGGACAGCUUGGAUUGUUACCUCGACUUACUGUUAAUUUCUCACUUUUGUCAAUUAGACUAGAUUGCAUGGAGAUUCUAUCAGUAUUCACAUUAUUACUUUACUGGAUAUUCAGUUACUUUGCUAGAAUGUUGUCUAUGCAUUAUUGUUUUAACAGUGUGACAUAUCAAACAGUACAGUUUAUUUAUGUACUGUAUUUUGUAUACUAUACUAUAUUACGUGGAUAUUUCUGUCAUAUUAAGAUUUACUCUUAAAAUGAACAAUGAACUAACAAUAAACAAUGCUCUCUGAGUCAAGAUCA